GCGCGCUGUGGCCGUGGGCGUGCGUGUCCCGGUGCGCGCGCGCUGUGGCGCGCCUCCUGGUGCUCAUGGCCCGGUGCUCACGGGCUGGUGUGCACCUACCCCGCCGGCUCCCCCUUGUCCCCGGGGCCCCCCCGUGCUUCCCCGGGCUCUGCGGCCCCGCUGGCAACAGCGCUGUCCGGUCCCGGCCGUUCCCGGUGGAGAAAUGGGAUAAAAGCAAAUAUUCCAACUGCCCAUCCCGGCGUAUCCCGGGAUCCCUCCGUCCUCCGGCAGCGCGUCUGAGAACAGGACCCCCAGGGACAGCGGGACCCCCGGGCCGGCUGCGCCUACCGGCGCCGUCCCGAUCCCAGCAGCGGGCGGGCCCCCCGAGGCGGCGGCUGUGCGGGAGGGGACGCGGGGCUACGGCACCGGGAGGGGAAGGGAACAACACGUUCCCGGGCGCUGCCCCCCUCCGCUUUCCUGCCUCCCGGGGCUCCGGUUCGUUUCGAUUUCGUUUCUCGGAAGGAUCGCUCCUCAGCGCCGGGACCCGCCCGUCCCGGGGCAGCGCCGAGCCGCGGGUCUCAGCGGGCCGGGGGCAGCGCCGAGCACCGCUGCGGGGAGCGGCCGCCCGCCGCCACCGGGGAUGCAGGGUAAAGUGGCAGUCAGCUCUUCCAGCCCCGUUGUCGCAGCUUCGUUACCGGCCCCGUCCCAGGCCAGGCACACUCCCAUCAGCGAGGGGGAGAUCUUCACGCUUCCCGGCAGGCUGAGAAUCCAGCCCUCGCUGUGGAGCAAGGACGACGUGAUCCACUGGCUAAGAUGGGCUGAGAAAGAGUAUUCCCUUCGGCAAACGGACGAAAGCAAGUUUGAAAUGAACGGCAAAGCCCUGUGCAUCCUCACCAAGGAUGACUUCAGAUACCGAGCUCCCAGCUCAGGUGAUGUUUUGUAUGAAAUACUUCAGUACAUUAAGACUCAAAGAAGAGCUCUCGUGUGCAGCCCUCUGCUGAGCUCACCCUUCAGGGAGGCCAGGAGCACAGAGGAAGGCACAGACUGUAGACCUGAGGCUGCCCCAGUUGCUGUUUCCUCCCGCCUGGGUUGUGCGGAACAGCCUGUGUCCUGCAGCCACCCGGAGCCGCUGAACCUCUCCCAUCACAGCUGGGAGGGCAGCGGCAGGGCAGAGGCCAUCUGCUCUUUUCCGACGACCCUGUCAGCCCCGGUGGAUGGGAAAAUUGCAGACUGCAGGUUGCUGUGGGAUUACGUGUACCAGCUCCUCUCCGACAGCCGCUAUGAGCCUUACAUCAAAUGGGAAGACAAGGAAGCCAAGGUCUUCCGGGUCGUUAACCCAAACGGACUUGCCCAGCUCUGGGGGAACCACAAGAACCGGAUGAACAUGACAUACGAAAAGAUGUCGCGAGCGCUCAGACAUUACUACAAACUCAACAUCAUCAAAAAGGAGCCAGGGCAGAAGCUGCUGUUCAGAUUUUUGAAGACACCUGGGGAGAUCAUCCAUGAGAAAUCCAGCAAACUGGAGCAGCUGGAGAACGAGGACCAUGAGGAUUUGAAAGAAGACCCAUUGGAGGUUUCACCAUAGGAAGUCUUUGAAAGUGGCACUUUCAGCGCAUCGCAGACAGAUUUCUGCUCUGCUGGGAAGUGCUGGUGUCUCUUCCGUCUCCUGGACAGAAGGCCCCAGAGCUGGUCCUGGAUUUCAAAACCUGCCCUGAGCCAAAGCUGUGACAUCUCUGGGGCUUCAUUAGCAAAACACACCCAGAAACUGUCCCCCAGCCCCGAAAGCGCAGGCGAAACCUGUGGGCCGGGCUUCUGCUCGCUUCUCUUUGGUGCUCGGGGAGGGAGCGUGACAUUUUUGCUCUGUAAAUUUUGAUGCUUGUCUUCAAGGUUUGAACUUGCUGGUAAAGACUGCUCCGUUCUUGCAGCGAGAUGUGCGGAGCGGAGAGCAGCGGAGCACGUGCUCCUGGUCAAACAUCUCCCGAAGCGCUGUAGGAGCAAGCGGUGGCCCUAAGCGUGAACGCGCUGCUCUGAAUCUGAGCCAUUUCCCCGAUUUGAGACCGGAUUUACGCUGCAGAUGUGCCCUACGCUGUAACCUCACUGUCUCCUUUGGGGUUGCAACUGUGAUUAAGGGUGGGAGUGUGCUGAAAUAUCCGCCUGGAUCAGGCCUGGUUGGAGCUCCGGGCUGCACGGAUGCCCUAAGCUGGGUCUCGUUUUAACUCCUUUCCCUCCAUGUAGUGCUUUUUGUAAUUAUCAGACUAAAUAAUGUGAAAAGAAACAAAGCCAGUAAUGAAUAUGAGCAAGCUCCUCGUCAGACACGUGGGUAUUUGCCUGGAGCCCGAAGCAGGAAUUCCUGCAACCCCAGGCACUGUAAGUGACCUGGAAGGAAAAAUGUACGUUGUGUUGUCGGUGUUUUUUUUUUUUUAAAUCCAAAAAUAUCCACUAAUAUUUUCAGAUUGCUUUUUAUU